AUGAGGGCAAAAGUUCCAAGAAACUUUAAAAGCCCUGAUAUGAACCUCUAUGAUGGAACCACAGACCCGAAGCAUCAUUUAAGCAAUUUUAAAAAUCGGAUGUAUCUGGCUGACGCUUCUGAUGCGACUCGCCGCAAAGCUUUCCCGACCACCCUGUCAAAAGCAGCGAUGAAAUGGUUCGACAGCCUUCCCCCAAGGUUGGUUAUCAGCUUUGAGGACCUCUCGAGAAAAUUCUUAAUGAGGUUCUUCAUCCAGAAGGAUAAAGUAAAGCACGCACCGAGUCUCCUGGGAGUUAAACAAGAGGUCAAAGAACCUCUACGUGACUACAUGAAAAGGUUCAACAAAGCGUGCUUGGAAAUUCAAGACCUGCCCACAGAGGCAGUUAUCAUGGGGCUAGUAAAUGGACUUAGAGAAGGCCCCUUUUCUCAGUCCAUAUCAAAAAGACACCCCACCUCUUUGAGUGAUGUACAAGAGAGAGUAGAAAAGUACAUCAACAUCGAGAAAAAUGCCAGAUUACAGGAGCCAAGCUGGCGACAGGGGCCCCCUCACUCAGCAAAAGAGAAAGAAAGGGAACCCAAGAAAAAAGAGGAGGUAGGUCUCGACAGACCGAGGAGAUAUCACUCCUAUACUCCUCUAAAAGUUUCUCUAGUAGACGUAUACAGAGAAAUCUGUAAUACUGAAAGAUUGCCGCCCUCUAGACCCAUCAAAAACAAAAAGGGAGGAAGCCGCGGCGACUACUGUGAAUACCACAAGAUGUAUGGCUACUCAACAAAUGAUUGCUACGACAUUAAAAAUGUGAUAGAAAGGUUGGACAGGAAAGGCCGACUCGAUAGAUACCUCAUGGAAAGGUCAGACAAUUAUGGGAAAAGAAAGCGAGAUGAUGAGGACAGAAGAGAUCCACCACCACAAACCCCCGAGAGACACAUACAUACGAUCUCUGGAGGAUUCGCGGGAGGAGGACUCACUAAAUCAUCUCGCAAACGACACCUAAAGCGAGUACACCAAGUCGGGAACGAAUCCCCCGAUCUCCCAAUCAUCUCAUUCACCAAAAAGGAUAGACAAGGGAUCAUGCCCAGGCAUGACGACCUGGUGGUGAUAACCAUGAUCUUGGCAAAUGCCAACCUCCACAGGACCUUGGUGGACCAAGGACUCUUUAAGCCCGCAUUCGACAAGUUAGGGUUGGAUGAAAGGGAGCUAAAAGCUUACCCGACACCCUGUAUGGGCUAG